AUGUCGUUACCACCGUUUCCUUCACAAGAUUUGGCGAAACUAGUCCUUGGAUAUCUUGCUGAGGAGCAGCUUAUGACUGCGUAUGAUGAGUUUUUACAAGCUAGUCCUUACUUGGAUGCUUUAAGAAACGAAUAUGACAGGAUAUUUAUGACAUCACUCAAGAAUAUUCUGGCAGAAUAUAGGGCUGUAAAAAUAUAUGUGGAGACAUGUAAACCUCUUAUAUUGAGGAAGAAGUUGGUGCAAUGUACAAAUCUUUUGGAUGUUGUCAAAUUCUUAGCUAUUAAUGCUGAUAUAAGCAAAAUACAAUUACAGGAUACUUCUAGUGACAGACUCAGUAUAUCCAAAGUUAAUUCAUCACAAUCUUCAAAACAAAAUGUAUGUGAUGUGUGCAGCUGUGUGUCUAGCUAUUGUAAGUGCAAACAGAAGUCUGGCUCGUGUCUGGACAUGAGUCUGGAUAGUUGUGUUGAAGCAACAGCUUUGGAAGAUCUCCCUGGGAACCAUGGAAUUCGCAAAAAGCAUGUUAAAGUUUUGGAAAAGGAAGUGGGUUUAGAGUCUAGUGGAGGAUUAAAUGAUGGUACAAAGCAAACUUCAAACAUUUCGAACAACAGUGGCAAUGUACUGAAUAAUUUAGGUUCUAAUACCCAUAGUUCCCAAAUGAAACUGAAUGAGAGUUCUUCCAUCGCUUUGAAUACAAUUCCAAAACCCACCGAUACGCCAGAAUGCAGAGAGAAGAUUGAAGAGUUCAAUACAAUUUUGAAGAAAGUCUGUAAGAACAAUAAGUCUAAAGUAGACACAAGACUGUUUAGUCUACCUCAAUCUGAUAGCUUCAAUAAAAGUAAUAAUGAUAGCUCUUUUCAAGAUUUUGCUUCUGGAGUUCGAGGCCAUGAAAACCGAAAUGUUCCUGUACCAGAUUCCAGCACUUCUGAAAACUCUACAAACAUGGCUUCAGUUGCAAACAACACAAACACGGAUCUCAGUAAUAAUUUGAAUGAAGUGCCAAAAAGUGAUGUAGUGGAAUCUCAAGCGCGUUCUUAUUGUCAACCUCGAUUGAUACCUAAGGACCAAAAAAUUAAAAUAAUAUCGGAUGUAAAGGUAGAUAAGCCGUUCCCACCGAUAAAUAAGACUUCGACGCCAUUAAUGCAAACAAUUCUAAUAAACGGUAGACCAGCUUACAAUCAGUCCAUACCUAUGAUUGGCACUAGUUUUACAAAGGAUGAAAUUAUGGCGAUGCCUACUAUAAUAGUCGUGCCUGCGUCAGGUCCCCCACCGAAUAUGUGUCAAGUAAAACCUGUACAGAUACAAAAGAUGCAGAAAGUAAAUACAAACGCUGUUCCAGCACCAAACCUCCUUGGUCCCCUUGUAAUAGAUGUAUCAUCAAAUAAUGUUCCUGAAACGAAGAAGCCUGAAACUGAACUCCCGAAUUUAGAUCAACCAAAACCUGCCGAACCUGAACCAGGGUUAGUAAAAACUGUCGAUAUUAAAAAUGCGUCUGUUCCAAAAGAUAAUGUUAUAGCUGGUGAAGGUCAAACAAAUACUCCACAAGUUCUUCCGCCUCUUAGGAGGUCUUCCUCUACGCCUCGCAGAAAUUCCCAUAUCAGAGUAUUAGACUUCACUACACCAAGGAGAAUACUACACGAGACAAUAAAAGAAGUCCCUCCUAGUGAAAUCAAUGAGAACCCUGUUGAUGUCGUAGUCAGUAGGAGUCCUAACUUAGUAUUCACUGAAACCGCAAAAGCUAAAGAUAAUAUUGUUGAUAUGAGUAACGUUAAAGUUCAUAAAAUAGAGUCCUGCCUCUAUAACAGUCUGAAAAAAGAUUCUGAUAUCAAGCCAGUUAUAAAAAGUAAGAAAACUGAUUGGGAUGCUGAUUUGCGAGCCUUAGCAACUGCGAGUGUACCUAGCAAUCCGCCUCCUAAGGCAAAGCCCAGGCCCAAGAAACCUAAGAAUAAGAAAGCAGUUGAUACUCCAUCAGAAGGGGAUAACACAGCAGGGAAAGCUGAAAAAACAGAAGAUAAAAAACCGCGUAAAAAAAGACAACUGUCUCCUAAACCUAAUAAAUCUAAAAAGAGACGGAAAUUAGAAGAGGAAGAGGAACAGUAUGCACAAAUGGCAUUGAACACUGACAACAAACCUAUGAUCAAACCAACUUUCGUUGUAGUACCUGCCUAUUCUAGUGUACCCCCUGAAGCAGAUAAGCCUCUCGAAGUCAGUCAAAACAAACCCACUGAAGUCAAUGCAAACAAAUCAAACAGUGAUGACAUUAACGAAACACCUGAAGCCGAAAGGUUAUCUUUGCAGAAUGAGAUUGGGGCAAGAUUAAAUAUAUCAGAAUUUCUAGAAACCCCUUACAAACAAGCUUUGUAUGAUAUUCAAAUGGAGACGCCGAAAUUUUUAGGGUCUUUACCCGAUGAACCGAUAUCAGAUAUUAAAAUUAUGAGUAUUCCUACACCUCGUUUCUUUGAUACUCCAAAACCUGCGCAUGCUACGCCAUCGUAUUCAUCCCGAGCGACUGAUUAUUCUAGCGGAGGGUCUUACUACAAGCCAGAUGAUCAGGACUAUCUGAGAAUUGCUGAUUUAGAAUGCCCAGUGUCUUCAUCAAAAGAUGAACCCCCUCCUGUGGAAGCACCCAAUGAUACAGCAACCACCAGUAAAAGGAGUUCUAGACCAGUAAGGAAGUGUACGAAAAAUGUGUCAUAUGUCAGUAGUAGUAAUAUAAGCUGUAAACCGAAAGAAAAACCAGUAGAUGAUAACAUUGAGAAAAUCUCAUCUUGUAGUGACACUACUGUAGCGAACAGCUCUCUUGAAAUUAGCAAAGAUGUCAACUUAAAAACACCGAAAACUCCUAAAUUAAAAUCAUCAAGUACCAAAUCGGAUGCAAAGAAAAAGUUGAGUUCUAGUAAAAAACGAAAAUCCCCUAUGAAAAAGGAUAGACAAAAUUCAUUCAUGAAGAUCAAACCUAGAAGACUGACCCCAAUAAAGGAUAAUAAGAGAUCAAGAAGGAAAACCGAGAUGUUUUCUCAAUCGGUUUCUUCUAAAUCGCCGAAAAAGAGGUUAAGUGCAAAAGAAAAGAAUACUCAUAUUAUGCCAGUAGUAAGUCCUGCUCCGACCAAGUCGCGUCGAAAAUCUUCGACGCCCAGGAAACUACAUUGUACAAAAACUUUUAAUUCUGAAAGUUCGGGUCAUGAGUCUCCGGAAAUGAACGCGAGCAAUAAACAUAAUAAACCGAACCCGCAUUCAAUGGUUUCUUCGCUAGAUUCUGAUACAGAACAAUUAGCGUUACGCUGGUCUGACGACGGCUCACAAGAUGGAAAACCUAAAGAUGUAGAAAGUGAAGAUAUAUGCAAAAUAAAAGAAUAUAUUGCAACAACAGUUAGCGAUGUACACAAACCCAAUAGUAACACAGGCAAUUUACACACUGAUUUGGUUAAAAGAGGUUUUGAUGCUGAAACGGCAAAAAUAAUAGAAAGAGAUUUGCUGGAUUCACCUAGUGUGAAACCAACUCUUACUGAGGCUAAACAAACUGAAAAGAAUGAAGGUAUAUUAAAUAGGAGUAUUGAAACUGAUACAAGUACGACAAAUGAUUUACAAAUUGUCCAAGAUGAUGAUUUAGAUGAUGAAAUAGAAUUAUCCGUUUAUGAAUGUCAUGAAGACAGUAAUAAUUAUGUUCAAUGUAAGAGUGACACCAAAGAUAGAUGGCAAGGAGAGCCUAUAACAUUAAAAGAUAAGUUUAGUAUGGAAGUAUGUAUAGAUGACGGAGUAGCGAUAAGAUUAAGAGCAACACAUUUUAAAACUUUAUUUAAUAAUGAACCAGACAAUUCAGCACAAUUACAAUAUAGUUUUAGGGAAACAGAAGUAGCAGUCAAUUCAAUUUCAGGUAUGGACAGGCUAUACACGCCUAUGAAAGAUCAUAAGGCGCAGUGUUUCGAAAUAUUUGAUUCUACUUUGACAAGUCUGGAUACACCUUUAAAGGCGCAUAGUCCGACUUUCAAAGAGCAAAGAAUAAAUGAGAUAGAAAUAGUGUUAGAGGAAGAAGAAAAUGUAGAAACUAAGGAUAAUGCUGAAGUUAAGAAAAGAAGAAUACAAAGUAGUAACACUUCUGAGGAGCCUUUAAAUGAAAAUAAUGAAAGUAAUCCAGAUGCCCAGUAUUUGUUUAAUUCAACAAAUAUUCAGAAUAUUGAUAUCGAAUCAGUAUUGAAGAAACUCCAUGGACCUUAG